AUGAUCACCGGUGCCUCCCAGGCUGACUGUGCCAUCCUUAUCGUUGAUUCCACCACUGGUGGUUAUGAAGCUGGUACCUCCAAGGAUGGCCAGACCUACGAGCAUGCUUUCAUUGCUUUCACUCUUGGAGUGAAGCAGAUGAUUUGCUGCUGCAACAAGAUGGAUGCCACAGCACCCGGGUACUCGAAGGCCCGUUAUGAUGAAAUUGUGAAGGGCAUCUCUUCCUUCCUCAAGAAGGUCGGCUACAACCCUGAAAAAAUUCCUUUCGUUCCCAUCUCUGGUAUUGAGGGUGACAACAUGACUGAGAGGUCCACCAACCUUGACUGGUACAAGGGGCCAACCCUGCUUGAGGCUCUUGAACAGAUCAACGAGCCAAAGAGGCCCUCGGACAAGCCCUUGCGUCUUCCCGUUCAGGAUGUGUACAAGAUUGGUGGUAUUGGUACUGUCCCUGUUGGUUGUGUCCAAACUGGUGUCCUUAAGCCUGGCAUGGUUGUGACGUUUGGUCCUAGCGGCCUGACUAGUGAGGUCAAGUCUAUUGAGAUGCACCACGAGGCUCUCCAGGAGGCCCUUCCUGGUGCUAAUGUGGGCUUCCAUGUGAAGAACGUUGCUGUGAUUGAUCUCAAGCGUGGUUACGUGGCCUCCAACUCCAAGGAUGACCCUGCCAAGGAGGCUGCCAGCUUCACCUCCCAUGUCAUCAUUAUGAACCACCCUGGACAAAUUUGCAAGGGCUAUGCGCCAGUGCUGGACUGUCACACCUCCCACAUUGCUGUCAAGUUUGCUGAGCUCCUCACCAAGAUUGACAGACGAUCUGGCAAUGAGAUCGAGAAGGAGCCCAAGUUCUUAAAGAAGGGUGAUGCUGGUAUGGUGAAAAUGAUUCCCACCAAGCCCGUGGUGGUGGAGACCAUCUCCGAGUACCCUCCUCUUGGUCGUUUUGCUGUCCGUGGCAUGAGGCAGACAAUUGCUGUUGGAGUCGUCAAGAGUGUCGAGAAGAAGGACCCGACUGGUGCCAAGGUGGCCAAGGCUGCUGCCAAGAAGAAAUGA